AUGAACAUCAACAAUCUUCUGCCAACGUCUCACAAGAUCACGGAUUCCUUUGGCGUAGAGUUGCGGCGACUUGGAGGCGAAGAAAGCCCGAAGGUCAUUUUCGAGGUGGUCACGAUCGAUCAUCGUAACGCUUCUCUUCCAGGCGAUGCUGAAGCGAUCGGAGGAGAUGCUAGUCGCUCGGAGCCAGGUCCGGGCUGGACGGUGAGUGCGGUAGAACUUCCCAUCCGAGCUCCAGAAUUUUCUGGAAAGUCUUCUUCGCGAUGUGAGGGCGCGCGUUAUCGUGCAGCAGGUGAACGUUGUCGAGCUUCGGGUGCUCCUUGCGGAUCAGUCUUUGCAGUUGAGCGCAAUAGACCUCGGCAGUAA